ACAGCGCAUCAUAGUUUCCCUCUUUGAAACCUCGUUCUCAGCAUUUUCUUCAAUUUUACAGAGGGAAAGUGAGGAGUUACCGACUCCGCGAGAGAGAGAGAGAGAGAGAGAGAGAGAGAAGCGAGUUUGAAGAGUCGGCGAAUUGUGGUAAUUAUGGAGUUGUUCGGAAAAAAAACAAGACCUAUGAAGACUGACAUUGAGAAAUAGAAUUGAAACCCUAGACCACGCAAAUUGAGCACAAGUGGCCUUCUGUGUUAUGUCAGAAGUUUCAAGGGAUUUGGGUGCUUCAGCUGAACCCAAUAAAAUAGGGCCAGAUUACUUUGCUUUUUAUGCACGUGAAGUUGCAGAGCUGUUAUCGCAAGAUGAGGAUUUUCUUGCUUUCUCAUCAGAAACUUCUGAAGUAGCUGGAAUGAUGAAUGGAGAUGUUGGAGAAAAGGAUGCAACUGGAAGUAAUCACAGUGGCAAAGAUAACACUUUUUCGGGUUCCUUAUUUUGUAAUGGUGUUGGAGCCAGGCUUUCAGAUUUUAAGAAAGAAAGAUUGAAGGCCUUGCUUCGGCAGAGUGUCGUCACUCUUUCACAGGAAGUUGACGAGAUGCUAGAUCCUGUAAUCGCUAUUCGUCACAUACAAUCACAACUGAGAUACAAAAAGAGCCUAUCAAAUUAUUCAGCUACAGCAUGUGAUGAGGGUGAUGUAGAACAGCAUCCUCACAAGAAGAUUAAGCUGUCCUCUUCGAUCAGCAUUCCUCUGCAUGCUAGUCCCAUUGGUGCUAAGUCUUUGUGUGUGUGUGUGCGCGCGCACAUGUUUUUGCAGGAUUCAGGUAAUAAAGGCAAGGAUGCAGAUUUGCCAGAAAAUGGAAGAUCCAAUGGUGUCAAGAAGAAUUGUGCUCAUUGCCAUACUGCUAAAACCUCAAAGUGGAGAACUGGUUCCGAGGGGCCUCUGUCCAUAUGCAAUGGUUGUGGAAUCAAAUUUGAAGAAGAAAAGGAGCCUCCCUCAAUAAAUGACCACAACAAGGAGUCAUGUCUGGUUUCAAACAUAGGGGCUGAUGAUGAAUAUAGAGAAGUUGAUGAUGAUAUGCAAUUCCUCCUGGAGAAUGAUGCCCCAAAGGUUGAGGCGGUGGUAAAGAAACAUUCUGAUGAAGUAUUCACAAUGCUUGGGCACAUGGAGCAGCAGCUUGAAGAGCUUCUUGAUACAGUGCUGUCUAAUUGCAGGUUGAUGACUCUUUCUGAGAAGCAACAGCUUCGAAAACUGAUUCAGAAGCUGCCGCCUAGAAAUCUUGACCGUGUUGUGGAAAUCAUCCAAUGUAAUAAACCAUUUGGCAAAUAUUCAGCUGAUGAGAUCCAUGUUGAUCUGGAAAAACAGGAUAAUGUUACACUUUGGCGAUUGUAUUACUAUGUUAAAGCCGUUGAUAAUGCUAGAGAGCUCUCAGGGUAGCUGAACCUCAGCAAAGCCUCGUAGCCAAACUUGCCAAACCAAAUUCUGCAUGUCAGUUUACUCCAUUAGGGUCAUGAAUUUUGUCAAAAUGUGGAUCAAGUUUUCUCUCUACCUCAAAAGCCAGAUGAAGAGGCCCAAACAUCACUGCUUGCUUGUUGAUUCUUCUGAAGGGGUAAUGCCUAAAAUUUUGAAUGCAAAGUUCUAUUAAGAAAGCAAAUUUACUGCAGACCAUACCAGUAAAAAUGGCAUUUUUUCACCAAGGCAGAAAGAGCAUUCUUUUGAAGUACUUUACAAUCCCUGAAAGGUGGAAUGUGACCCAGCUUUCUUUUGUAUGAUUGUGGGGUCUUACUAGGUUCUGCGCGAUAAGGUAUUAUUGCAUUUUGAAAUCUUAUUUUUUGUACAUCUAGUAUAUAGAUGUUCUGACUGUACAGUUUGUAAGGUUUUUGUGGGGGCAUCAACUGGUGGAGAGCUACUUCUGUUAGUGCAACAUGAUAACCAACAAGGCUGUACGACAAGAAUUUGAUCCAUGUAAGCACGAGGAAUAUUUCAUUAUUUCCUGAAUGUUAGUGCAAGCAAGGAUCAUUUGUUACUUUAUAUGAACAUUUGAAGUUUAUUGUUUGAUUUGUUUUUC